AUGGCCAUCUCGCGCGCGUUCCACAUACCGGGCAUCCUCUUCCUCUUCGUCUCCUUCCUCCUCCUCUUCCUCGUCUCCAUCGGUCUCCCCUUCCUCACCGCCCUCGACUUCGUCCGCGUCCACUUCAAGGACGGCCUCCCCACCGUCGGCUCAGACACCACUGCCAUCAACCAAAUACGCCUCGGCACCUGGGCGGCGUGCUGGUACGAGACCGACGGCGACCGCGGCUGCAGCGCCGCACACAACGCCUACGCCACCACCAUCUACGACGCCCAGCGCCAGGGCUUCGUCCACAUCGCACCCUCCUGGACGCGCGGCCUCGCCAUCCACCCCGUCGCCACUGCGGUGACGCUCGUCGCGCUCGUCCUCUCCUUCUCCACGCACGUCACCGCGCGCCUCCUCGCGUCCCUCGCCGCCUUCCUCGCCGCCUUCCUCACGCUCGUCGCCUUCCUCUGCGACAUCGCCCUCUACGCGUGGGUCAAGCACCAGGUCGGCAAGCUCUCCAACGUCGGCUCCAACACCGACACCGCCCCCGGGUUCUGGAUCACGUUUGUGUGCUUCCUGCUGCUCACGUUCGCGGGCUGCACGGUGUGCUUCGGGCGCAGGCGCGACCGCCUCGACGGCGCGACGACGUACUCGUACUCGUGGAGGGACCGCUUCCGCAUCGGCCGCAAGUCCGCGGUGUGA